AUGUUCCGGUCUAGCUUACACAAUAUUUCACAGUGUGCAGCUCAAACACCUUGUUCCGACGGCAAGCACUGCCCACCACACUGGUUGUGCUGCAAGGAAGGAUGCUGUUCACCAGCCACUGUGAUACCUAGGCAUACACCAAGUACAUAUUAUGACGACCAGUGGUAUUUAUGGCAAAUACUAUCUCUAUUAGCAACAAUAGUUGGCAUAUUAACCAUCUUUCUAUUGUACCUGAUGUGGAAACGGAACGGUGGAAUCUACAUGUGCUCUUUGUCUUGCUGCUUCCACCGAAAUGCUUCAGAGAGAGAUUCCGCGGGCUCAGUAUAUCCGCCGCCAAGAUAUAGUCGGUGUAGCUCUUUCCAUCAGGCGCCGCCGCCGUAUUCCGAAGUAACAUCAAAGCCAGAUCUAUAUCCCCUCGUAAUAACGUGUAAUGAAGGGGAGGGGAAGCCUGGUGGUAACUACCUUAUGGUUCACUACUUCAGGAACUACGUUAUUCGAGCACCUGGCUCUCUGUCCGCGACUAGCACAGCCGAGUCACUCAACUCAAGUUAUAUGUGCAACGCUGUUAACGAGGCUAACACAAUGGUCCCUCCGCCGUACUCGUGUGCGAGCAGUUACAACGAGUGUAGUAUGGGCUGCGGUCGAACAGUGUUGCGGUCAUUGACCUCGCUUGCUGAACCAAGGCGGAGGGAUUCCAACAACGCUACCUUUAGGGAUAACCUUAUCAACUCUCCAGUUCAGCCAAUGGAUCCAUCGUACGAUCUAGACUUAGAGCUUAUUGACUGUGAAAUGUACUGCGACGGAGGCUGCAAGCCGCGUCUAGGUGCAUCUCCUCCCUUACGCCAUUCGCACUCCAACUCCGAAGACACCAUCUUCGACCACGAAGCGUACGGAUUUCGACAUCUGUACCCUUCACCUGAAGCUGGCACAUGUGAAUCUCCACCACAGCCUACAAGUCCUACGCAAACCUCACGAGACUCCACUUUACGACGACUAAGCGAGGACCGACGCCUGAGACGACUGGACAUAGGAAAGAAAUCGUCUAGAACACGAAAAUCGAGCUUAUACAUGCCCUUAUCGGCCGGCUACACCGGAAGAACAUCGAGAAUUUCGCCGGGGACCAGAAUCUCUUCGCGAUCGGCCCCGGCCACGCCCUGCGGGGCUCUAGGCCCCAAUUUGUUGAACCUCACCCAGAGGGUUUCUGCUUCAAGACUGAGCUCGCGAUCUUCGAGACUGGAGGAAGAAAACGAUCCGUUAUUGGCUACUGAUACGGAAAAUCAAAUCUCUGAACACAAGUUUUAA